AGGUUGUUUGACAGCAGAGAGAGAAAAUCACUGUUUGGUUUGGGAGAAAGUGCGAGAAAAGAAGGAGAACCGGAAAAAUGGCUGGAAGACUGAGCAACGUGGCGUCACGGAUCAUGGGAGGAAAUGGAGUUGUUUCUCGCUCCGUUGGCUCCUCCCUUCGCCUCCGCUCCGGCAUGGGGCUACCCGUCGGAAAACACAUCGUCCCCGAUAAGCCCCUUCCGGUGAACGACGAGCUAGUUUGGGAUAACGGGACUCCAUUUCCGGAACCCUGCAUAGAUCGAAUCGCCGAUACCGUUGGUAAGUAUGAGGCGUUGGCUUGGAUGUGUGGGGGUUUAAGCUUCUUUGCAUCCCUGGGAUUAGUGGCUGUGUGGAAUGAUAAAGCCUCCAAAAUUCCAUUUACGCCCAAAGUUUAUCCAUAUGACAACCUGCGUGUGGAGCUUGGUGGAGAACCAUAGGUUGAUCAAUGUGCGAGAGCUAUUGUAAUUCUCUUUGUCCUCUUUGUUUAUUUCUUAUCCUUUUGAAACCCAGAAACAGUUUCAAAUAAGAUCAUGUUGCCAUGUUUUUGAACCCGUCAUCUUCAAACAAAUGGCCCACUAUGCUUCUUUGGUUUAAAACACAUUGAAUGUCACGUGACAAGAUGCACCCUCCUAUGCUGUCUUGAAUCUGGUUAUUGCAUUUUGCCAUUAUCAUGUUGUUGAUGUACCAUAUAUUGUUUGAGUUCAAGGGAAUAUGAUUUCAAGCUCUUAUCUACUUAGAUGAAUCAUGAAGCACUAGUGUAAUUGUUUACACUCAUUUUUGCAAAAAAUAAAAUAAAAUGGUGCCA